GCACACACCCUCACCGCACAUAUCGAUGGCGCUCCUCCGCGGCGCCCUGCUCGCGCUGCUGGCGCUGCCGCCCCUGGCCGAGGCCCUGCAGCCCGCCGCGCCCGGCGCGGCGCCCGGCGCGCCCGGACCUCCGCGCCGCGGGCAGGGGCACCGGGAGCCGCGGAGACAGCUGCGCCGCGUCGUGCGGGUUGCAGCGGGAGGCCUGGAAGAUCAAGUGUGUGCUCCCGGAGUGCGCUGGCUGCAGCGAGUCCUCCACGGGUUCCCCCCGCCUCCCGGGUGCCCCCCCGGCGGGUGCCCUCCCGGCGGGGACCGGUGAGCGCGCGCCGCAGCCGCCGGAGCGCCCGGGGCGCGCGGCCCUCUGCGCCCCCUCUCCUGCGGCGGGCCGCCAGGCGCGCCGAGGAAAGGGGGCCAGGCCUGCAGCGUCCUGAACUUAUUCGGGGACGUGCCCAACCCAUGCGCAACAAGUGGCGACAUCAACGGGCACUCUUCUCGUCGGCGGCGAGGCAGAAGCAGUCCGCUCCAGCGUGUUGCGCAUCGGGGCAACCGAAAGGCGAAUUUUCCAGCGUGCCAGAGGAAGUAAA